UGCUGAGACAGGUGUCAACCAUUCAUAAUUAAGAAGAGAAAGUAGCUCUCGUAUCGUGUCCCAUGCAGAAUUUGUUCUAAAGUGAAUAUUAGGAUGACCACAAUCAUUGAUAUGUUAGAUUUAAGGAGUAACUUGAAAAGCUUAAAUGCUUUCUAAUGUUGCAGUCAAAUGAAGUGUUACAAUUCCUGUAUAAUUGAACAUGUAAUACUCUUCAUUGCCGUGUUAGAUUUUGCAUACGGAACUGGAUUGACGGGUGAGACAGAUAUAUACAAAAAAAUAGUAUAUUAUUUUGUUUUAAAGGUAAUUAAUUAUUAAAUGGUUUAUGCACACAUUUAAUUGUCAGACGACCAGAGUCCUUCCAUUCAGUUUCUAGAGUUGGAUAAGGAUUAUCAAGUCUACAGGAAAAGGGUUAGUCUCAAGUAGUGACUAAUUCAAACUCAUUUUAUUAUUAGGGUUUAAUAGAGAUACGUAAUAACAAAAAUUCCGUAUAGUUCACAUGGUCGGAUGCCUUAAAUUUUUGUUAUAAAUGUGUCGGUGAUUUCGCAACCUUCGAAACUGGACCUGCGGAGGCAUCGAAAGUGGCAGAUCUGAUUUAUUCAAAAAGUUACUUUAGCCGUGCGUAUGACCUCGGAAAAGAUGAGCAUCACGAGUGGGGUCUAGAUCGUCGGUACUGGUUCGGUCUCACAGAUUUGAAGAAGGAGGGGCAGUGGGUGUGGAUGAAGAGUCCACAAGACAAUGGGACCGUGGUGGUGAAUCCGACUCGGUACCGGUGGUACCCAGGUCAGCCAGAUCACGGCAAAUCUCUAAAGCCUGAACAUUGCGGGGGAUUCUGGAACCCUGUGUAUCACUUGGAUCAACAGAAAAGCGGAGCAAAUGCCACUGGAAGGAAAGAGAUGCACUAUUUUAAUGACAUGCCCUGUGACAUUAAGAUGUACUUUAUCUGUAAGAAAGGAACACCCGCCAGUCCAACUGAUCCAGUUUGCAGUAGCGGGGAGGCGAGUAACGUGACGAAAACGGAUGUCACAACAAAACCGCCUCCAACUACUACUCCAGCCCCCACACCGUCGACCAGUGUAGGGACCACAUCCACAACGCCUGCACCGACGAUAUCCACAACGCCUGCACCGACGAUAUCCACAACGCCUGCACCGACGAUAUCCACAACGCCUGCACCGACGGUAUCGACAACGCCUGCACCAACAAUAUCCACAACGCCUGCACCGACGAUAUCCACAACGCCUGCACCGACGACGACAACAACAACGCCCGUUCCUGUAACGAGUACGACGACACAAAAACCAGACUCAACUACUGUAGCACCACCAACUGUGUCAACAGAGAAACCUGCACAUGAACUUGGAGAGCCCUACACAGAGGCUGAGCUGCUACAGUGUCAAGCAACAGCGGUGAAAUGGCACAAUAUUUUCAGAAAAUGGCACAAUGUUCCUGACGUAACUAUCGACGCAGAGCUCAACAAGAAAGCACAACUAGCAGCCGAAAAUUUGGUACGUUCGGGAAAAAUGGAACAUACGUCAACUGGAGAAAAUUUGUACUUGGCAGCUCAUCCUGCUGGCAAAAGACGCUUUCAGGCAGUUUCGAAUACUGAAUUUGCUGUGAGAGAGUGGUACUUUGAGUUGUGUGAUACCGAGAACUGGCCAAAAGGAGAACUCAACCAUUAUACUCAAGUCGUUUGGAAUGACUCGAUAAAAUUGGGGAUUGGCGUUGCGACGAAUAAAGAAAAUUCUCAGAUUCACGUGGUCGCUCGAUACGAUCCAGUCGGCAAUUACGAAGGGGAAUAUGAUCUCGGAGUGUAUCCCAUUCGAUGUGGAGUAGAAACAGUGUGCAAUGGAAUGAAGCCGAAAAACAUAACCGGAAGUGAGGCUGAUUGCCCAGCUCCGCCAAGCUCAACUACGCCAAAACCAUUGGGAGUCGCUGCUGGACGAUCGUUUCAGCGAAAACGAAAGAAAGUUCACAAAGAAGGAUCGUACGUUUAUCCAAAGGAAAGACCAAUUAAAAUUCUGGACAGGAAAUGAAAAAUCGGUGGCAAAAGUUAGAUUCACAUAUGUAUUUCGAUCGACUACGAGUGUAUGUAGGUAUUUUAAUUUAUGAACUGUUUCGGAG